CACAUACCUUGCGAUUUACUCCAAACACACCGAAAGUGACUUUUUUUUUAGAUGGUUUGAAUUGAAGCUGCUUCUAGAACCAUUUUCUGCAUCUGUAAAAGGAUGCUGCCUCUCUCAGAGUCUUCAGGCCGCCUAGGUGCCCGUCAGCUAGUCGAGAGUAUCGCUGAAUCUCACGGGUUUCUUGGGGAAGAUGUUUAUAAUCAAAUGACAACUGAAGUGCGUCGCCGGGUGGAGGUAGCAAUGUUGAUAAAAGAUGAAUUGAUUGGAUCCAAUGUUAUAACCCUUGCCAAAAAUCUUUACAACAGCAGUGCAAGAUUUGUUUUCGAGCUGCUGCAGAACGCGGACGAUAAUUCAUAUUCCAGGGCUAAAACUUCGUCUACGGAUCCUUAUGUCUCUUUUCACGUCUACAACCGUCGAAUAGUGGUAGAAUGUAACGAAGAUGGCUUCACGUACGAGAACCUAGUUGCUAUUUGCAAUAUUGGAAAAAGCUCAAAGUCCGGCGCCCAAGGAUAUGCUGGAGAAAAAGGAAUCGGGUUCAAAUCGGUCUUUAUGGUGGCAUGGAAGGUACUUAUCCAAUCCGGAGACCUUUCUUUUUGUUUUCAACAUAAGAAAGGUGACUCCGGAAUGGGAAUGAUAUCCCCAAUCUGGCAAGACGCCGAGGACGCCGUAGCUAGCCAUAUGACUCGCAUCACUCUUUUCCUCCAUGACUCUAUUAUGGACGACAACAUGCAGACAACUCUGCAGCAGUUUCAAGAAAUAGAGUCAACCUUCCUUCUUUUCAUGAAAAACCUCAAAAGAAUCCAUGUCACCAUGUAUGACGAGAAUGACAAACAACAUAGUUUUGCCAUCUAUUCAAUAAAUCACCAGUUAGGGAAUCUAGUUGACCUAAAGACCGAGAUACGGAAGAACGGGGAAGCUGAGGUGUAUUCAAAGCACUAUUAUCUGACAAAGGAUAUCGCGCAAGGCCUUCCAAUGAGUGAAAACCGGAAAUAUACAGAAAACGAGAUCUCUCGAGGAGCAUACAAAACGGCCAAAGUUGUUCUAGCAUUUCCCUUGGAUGACAAAUCUAUUCCAAUCAUACAACCGCAGCACGUAUUCGCGUUUUUACCAAUAAGAAAAUUGGGAUUUUCGUUCCUGAUACACACAGAUUUUGUUACAAACGCCAGCAGGCAAGACAUUGAGAGUUCCUCAGCUCGAAAUAUUCGUCUUCUCGAUGGCAUCGCUGAAGCCUUUAUCAAAGCUACUUCGCAUUUCUGCGAACAUUCAACCCUUCGCUACCUGUGGAUGCGGUAUCUUCCCCAACAAUCUGACUAUCCUUGGGACGACUUUUGGGGGAAGUUACUCAAAACAAUCUACUACAAACUGCAAAAAUUGCCAGUUCUGUGGACCCGAAGUCACAAUAACUUGCGCCCGAUCCAGGGCAUGCGACGCCUGAAAUACGACAUGCUUGAUGGAAAAGGCAAUCCCUUGUUUUCUGAUUCGAACCCAGAGCGCUAUUUGGCAUCCGAAUAUUCAGCCACAGAUUUAGAAAAAUUGAACAAUUGCGGACUUGAAAGUAUGCAAACGGAAGAAUUUCUUGAUAAAGUUCGCUUAGAUCUUGACAAGAAUAGUCAAUCAGUAGUCAAAGCUUCGGCAACAGAUGAGGAUUGGCAUUCUCGCUUAGCGAAGUUUUUAAUUUCUGCUCUGCGAAAUUAUCCGGAUAAAAUUAGGAGUUUUGGUAUAAUUCCGUUGAUAGGGGGGAGAUGGACGGCAUCCCGAAAUACCACGAUUUAUUACUCCCACGCCAAGCAGCACCCAAUACCAACUGAUUUAGGCCUGAACUUGGUAGAUCCUCAAGCAGUGAGGAACCCUGAAAGGAAACGACUCUUCGAUUCUCUUGGUGUUAAAAAUCCUAAAAUCUCCAACACCCGAAAACUGAUCUUCGACAAAUAUGAGUAUAAUUCAAUCACUGUUCGAGACUUCGCCACCUCUCGAAAUCACUUGGUUUUUCUCUACCUCACUACGCAUCUUAAUAUGGUGAAUGACAAGAUGGAUUCUAUAUCCUACCUCCGCCUGAACAUACUAGAUCAGAAAUGCCGAUGUAAAUGGCCACAAAACGAUAUAGUCUACUUUUCUGAUGAUAAGCCAUAUGGUGCCAAGGAACUUUUUCAGGCCAUUAAUCAUGACACAAGGUCUCAAAAAAUAGUUCCUGGUUUAGAUGUAUCAUUCAUGCAUCAUGAAUACAUGGAAAGCCCUCCGAGCCAGCCAGAAGGUGAACAUCGAAGUUGGAGAACGUGGUUAAGAGACAUGUUGCACAUCAGCGAUGCCAUACCACUCUUCUCUAAUAGAGCGCUUCUCACCCCUGAUUAUCAUCUAAGCGAUGAGUGCCUCUAUGUGGCUAAACAUCGUCCCGAAAAAUUCCUAGGAUUUCUUCUCGAGAACUGGAAAGAAAGUGACAGUGAGAAAAUUAACACAACUCCAAGACUGACGAAAGACUUGUUGCAGCUCAAAGUUCUUUGUGCAAACGGCACCAUGCACCCACUUGGCAGGACAUAUUUACAAAUAGAUGAGCACAAAAAUGCGAACAGAUUCUUCGAAGAUACCGAAUUCUUCCCAUGGCUUCGUAUAGAAGCUACUUUGAGCAAUGUUGCAACCUUGUCCAAACUACAGGUGCUAACAACAAGGCUUGGUUUUGGAUACUUCAAGUCAGACGUCGAAUUUUAUCUCAGAAUACUUCUUUAUAUUCACCUUUCAAACCUUGAUGCCUCCGAGCUAAAAAAGGAGACAAGAAUCUAUGAUUUGUAUAGUCGAAUUGAGGCUCGGUAUCGUGAGUCUGUAGAUCGAGAUAUAUGUCGUCAGGAAAUUGAAAACGCAUUUAUUUCAUCACUUAUAUAUGUUCCCGAAAUUGGUUCUCAAGCGGCUUGUUGGGCGGAACCUGACGAAUGUCUGUGGGAGGCGCCUACUCAUAUGCUUACAAAGUUUUCUCUAAAGUCACGCUAUGAGAACGUUGAGAAUAAUGCAUAUUUCAAUUUUCUAUUUUGUGGCAUUCUCAAAAUUCGGAAUGCGAAUGUAGAUGACCUAAUAGAAGAGUUGACGAGCAUGCAAGAUAUUGAAGACCCUGAUUUCGAUCAGAUCUGCGAUAUCUACAAGCAUAUACAUGAUCUAACAUUGCAUAUUGACAAUUCUGAAAGAAUUAGAAUUCGGGAGAAAUUCGAGACUGGGCUGCUCGUAUAUGUUGCAGGUGAUGACGGUACUACAUAUGAAUGGUAUUCUGUUUCUGAAUGCCUGUGGUCCACAACGACUGGGAUUAAGGGGAUGACAACUAUCCGUGAACAAUAUGAGGACAUGUUUGACUUUUUUGUCGAAUUUUUGGGUGUCCCUACCUUGACACUAGAGAUGGUAGUUGAUAAACUGGCAGACCAAGGGGCAGAAGAGACUUCCAUCCAAGACAUUAAAACCUCAAUUUGGCAACUAAACGCUCUUCUUAAAAAAGAGGAAAAUCAUCCCAGCCCAAACCAAAUCCUGAAAAGAAAGGUGUUUCCGAUCAAAUGCUCUGGCGAAGGUGUUGAUUUGCGUUCUUCGGAAACAGACUUUGCUAUAGCGGAUCGUGAACAACUCUUAUAUUUGUUCUCUGGUAAGUCCAAUAUUUUGGACUUUGAGGUCAACGAUAUACUACGACUUGAGCCAUUUUUGCGAUGGACAGGCUUGGAAAGUCGCUAUUUGUCACGGUCUGUCAAAGAAAUAUCUGGUUUAUGCAGUGGUGAUAGCCAAAGAUUAGUCGCACAUGAUCGAGACAUAGCCUUAAAAGCACAUGGUCUACUUCGCAUUGCAGUCCAUUUUGGAAGUCCUCGUGUUCAGAGUGGCGAACAGCCUUUUUAUGAUGAACUCAAAAAGAUCGAAGUCCGUGAAACCGAUGGCAUAAGUUCCCAACUUCACCUUAGUCAAGAUGGAAGGGUCAUCAAAGUUGAAAUGAAUAGAAGCGAAUUACAUCUCCAAGACCACCAAGAUGGGCUCAAAAUCUAUAUUCCGCGUGAUGAAGAUAUGCAGUACCAAUGUUUUCUUGACAGAAUGCCCAAAGCCCUUUUAGAAUGGAUCAUGACAGAUCCAAAAACGGGGAUCUGCGAAAAGUUCAACGACAAAGCUAUAAAUGCAAUAUGUACUGUUAUACAAGCUCAAAACAAAUAUAUAUCAGAGACUAUGAAUCGCGCUGGAAUUAUGUCUGUCGAAACACCCGAUGACUCAGUGAAUGAUGGGCCAAAUCUUAUUUCACCUGUCCUUCCACAACCAGUUGAAGAAGAAUAUAUUUCGACAGGAUCGCAGGGUGGUAGUGACUUGGAGAGAGAUACUUCGGUUCAGAACGUUCGGAAUACAAGCUCGCAUGGCAACCUAGUCGACAUCUCAAAUGGAGAGAGGCGGGGAACCACAAGUUCUCACAUUCCAUCAUCGCCCAGGGUUGCUCAGUCAAAUCAAGUUGACCUGGAGUACCUCAGAAUUCUGCGUAGUGCUGUUAACUCGGCAAGAAGAGCUGCUUUUCCUAGUAGGGGCACAUUUGAUAUGGCGGCUCUCGCCCGCAGUCUGCCUACCGUCUUACCUGAAAAUAACGGCGAAUAUUUUGGCCUUCGUUCGUCAGAAAAGAUUGAACGAGACAAGAAGAUUGGCGCAGCAGGGGAGCUCUACGUGUUUGAGGUCUUGUCACGUUUGACUCCGACUUUACCAGGUUUCUCUCGCAGCAACUGGAAAAGCAAUCUCCGUAAAUAUGUGACAAUUCACGACGAUUAUGCAACCCUCAGCCCUUGGCGCGGGGUAGAAACGGCAGAUAUCACGUAUGACGACACUGAGAGUAUUCUCACAAAUUUCCUUGUAGAUAAGGGUUAUUUAAAUACUUCAGAUUGGUCCGGCAAACGACCACGGUACUUUUUGGAAGUAAAAUCCACGACUGGGCCUUGUGAAAAUGCCUUCUAUAUGAGCAGAUCUCAAUAUGAACUGAUGCAAGCAAAUUCUAAUGGUCAUAUGGGCUCAGGACAAACAGAUUCGAUAUAUGUGAUAUUUCGGGUCUUCGAUGUGGGUAAAGAUUCAAUGGAAAUGAAGGUUUACGUUGAUCCCGAGACAAUGAGGGAGAGGGCUGAGCUGCUUUUUACCGCAAAGACUUGGUCUAUUCUACCAGGGUAUUCCCAGAGCUGAGAACCUGAGACAGUCAUUCUUGGGACUGUAAAAUUACACGAGUCUGACGAAUCUAAAUAUGUAUGGUAUUCAAUUUAUGUAGGUUCUAUGAGCUCUAAUAUCGUGGAUUAAGGCUAUAUUUAUAGAUCUACAUAUGUACUUUAGGAUAUUUGGGAUCAGGACCACGGCUUUUAGGGAUACAGUUCAAGAUUAUUGAUCAAAAGUUUUUA